UCAGCCCUCUCCUCGUCACCGGCAAAGUCAUCCCUUUUACGAGCGCUGAUAAUUUCGCCCUAAGUUUAAAAUGGCUUUGGGCUCAGAAAAGGUGGAAGCGGAGCAUAAGCUGUUUUGAAAUCCUUGCUGGAGCGAGAAGCCGGGCGCUCGCUCUCCUCCAAUGAAAGCGGUACCACAGCGUGUAGGCAGGUUGCCAGGCGCGCUCGGCAGCGUGACCGCACUGCAUUGAGUUUCUUUAAUGAAAGCCAGGAAAGAACACAUUACACAGUGUUUCUUCGGCGAGCUAGCUAGCCUCCAGUGAUUGAAAUCAAUAAAAACAGUCGGCAAGGGGCCCAGUGGGGGAAGAGAGAAAUCUCCUCUACAGCAUUCAGUUUGCCUUCCACUUUCUCCCUCCCCCUGAAAGUUAAACUCCGAAGAUCACCAUGACGAGCUACUUUGCUUUCAGCACUCGGCAGAUCUUGACGGGGAUUUAAAGGAAGCAAGCGUUUUAAGUCUCCUUGCUCCCUUCACUCUCUUGACAGUGGAGGGGGAUGAAUCUGACAGCAGAAGAAUGUUGAAAGGUGAGAGAGGGAAGAGCAGGCGGGACGGUGCUGAGCGAAAGCCCGCUUUCAGGAUGGACUGUCCCCCCCGGCUGGGGAGAUUCCUGCAGCUGCUGGAGCGACUGCAAGCCAAAGACUAAGACCAGUACUACCCACAUCUUAAAGCAGCUGAAAUAUUAGGAAGCGUGUGACCAAAGCCAAGACCUAGUGGGUCAAUCUCGGACUGACAUCCUUCUGGGCUGCACCUCUAAAAAGCUGGUAACCAGCAGAGAAGAUAAAAAAGCUAAAAUCACUAUGUGGAGCUGUGAAACAUUAAAUACUACGGAGAACAGUGAGGACCAGCAUCUCUGCCAUGACUUCCAUCUUGCGCUUUCCAUCUUUUCCCUUUUCUACCUCAUUAUAUGUUUUCCAAUUGGCCUUUGUUACAAUGGCUUGCUGGUCCUGGUUAACCUCUAUAACAAAGCAACUAUGACUAUGCCAGAUGUUUACUUUGUCAAUAUUGCCAUUGCUGGUCUCAUCAUCAACGCUCUGGCACCAAUGUACCUUCUAGGUCUUGCCAAUACAAAAUGGGCCAUCUGGAAUUCUAACAAUGAAGUUUAUAUUACCUUACUUAUUUUAUUCAACGUUUCGUCUUUAGUUACCAUGUACUCUACUACAUUGCUCAGUCUGGACUACUACAUUGAACGUGCUCUACCUAGAACUUAUAUGUCAAGUGUGUACAACACGAAACAUGUUUGUGGAUUCAUAUGGGGCGGAGCUAUGCUUACGAGUUUCUCAUCUCUUCUAUUCUACGUCUGCAAUCAUGUAUCCACUAAAAUAAUUGAAUGUUCCAAGAUGCAGAACAAAGAGGCAGCAGAUGCCAUUAUGGUCUUUAUCGGGUAUGUUGUACCAGCUAUUGCUGUACUGUAUGCACUUGUAUUAAUUUUGCGAAUACGCAAAGAGGCUACACCACUGGAUCAAGACACUGGACGAUUAGAUCCAUCGGUGCAUAGGCUUUUGAUUGCCACAGUCUGUACACAGUUCACGUUAUGGACACCCUAUUAUGUAACUCUUUUGGUAAGCACAUUUACUAAUGCAAAAGGAAGACUAGCGGAUGAGAAUUACGGUCGAAUAUUACAUUUUACCAAGAUUUUAUCAAAAUUUUUGGCUUUUUCAAGCAGCUUUGUAAUGCCUCUGCUCUACAGAUACAUUAACAAAAACUUUCCCAACAAAUUACGACGCCUGCUUAAAAAAAUACAUUGUGGGAAUCAAGGGUGUUCUCAUGAACGCACAGUAGUACAGCAAGUUAUGACGUAGGUAUGAAAAUAUCUCUGGUGCUCCGUUGCUAUAGUCCUUUGUAUACCAGUUCUCAGGCUGUGAUACUGCUGUGUUGGCACUCAGAAUCAUUUAUGUGAGGGUCCGAACCAGGGGGUUAGAAGGAGCCUUCAGUUACAGAUAAAUGAGACACAGUCUUAAUUUUCAAAUAGUUAAGUGUUUGCAGAAAUUUUGUAAGGCUCUGGCCUAUGUGCUGUAAUACCUGUGACACCUAAUAUAUUCAGUGCACUGAACUGGUUACAAAGCAUAAGCUCUGUCUUCAUAGUCCUAAUAUUUCUUCCUGGAGAAAUAACUAAGCAGUUAAUUGAAGUCUUGACUGAAGACACAGCACUUUGUAUCUUGUACAGAAAAAGGAAUUUUCUUACUUUCUGUACAAAGAAAUAACUAACAGUGCUAUCCUUGAUGAAGUAAAUAGCAUUUUUCAAUGAAGAUGAUCUAGGUGAUCUUUAGUAAAGAUUGUAUUACUCAAUUAUGUAAGUCCAAAAUGUAAUAUGUUAAUUAUAAAUUACAUUAUUUAAUUUCCUUCUCCAUCACUGAAUCCCCUCUAAAAACACCUAAUUUACCAUUUUCAGAAAUUAUAUUCUCACACAAACUAACCUAAGAUUUAGCACCUAUUUUAAAUCAAUUUUUUCUAGAUCUAACAAUUAACUUUUUUUUCAUUAUUUUUCCAGUGCUUUGUUUGCAUCCUAAAACAUUUCAACAGUUCAGAAAUAUUUAUUAACAAAUUGUAGGGGAACUGAGAGAUGUUUUAUCUGCACAUUAAAAUGAAGGACACAGAGGUUUACAAAGUUAAAUUAAAAUUUAACUAGUAAAGAAUGUCUGGCUGAGUGUUAUGGUCCACAUAUGUUCAUGUACCAAGAGUAAUUAUCUUAAAAAUAAAUAUGUUUAUGAUUAA